AUGGGCGGCGGCGACGGGGCCGCAUUUAAGCGGCCGGGGGACGGCGCCCGCCUCCAGCGCGUCCUCGGGCUCGGCUCCCGCCGGGCGCCCCGCUCUCUGCCCGCCGGGGGCCCAGCGCCGCGCCGCACCGCGCCGCCCCCGCCGGGCCAUGCGAGCGCGGGCCCCGCCGCGAUGAGCUCGCACAUCGCUAAAAGCGAGUCCAAGACGUCGCUGCUGAAGGCGGCGGCGGCGAGCGGGGGCAGCCGGGCUCCCCGCCACGGCCCUGCCCGGGAGCCAGUGCUGUCCAGCCGCCGGCUGCCCGGCCCCUGCCCGGGCACGCCGCCGCCGUCCGGGGACCCCAGUUCGCGGAGGCCCCUGUGCUGGCCGGCGCCGCGAGAGGAGGGCGCGCUGGGGAGCCGGCGCGGGCUCCCCCAGGCGCACUGCAGGCCCCGGGAGGCGCCGCCGGCCGCGGCGUCCCGACCUUCGCCGCCGUCGCCGCUGCCGCCGGCCCGCGGGCGGGAUGGGGAGGAACGGGGGCUGUCCCCGGCGCUCGGCCUCCGGGGCUCUCUGCGAGCCCCGGGUCGCGGGGACUCCGCUCCAGCCGCCGCGUCCGAGGCAGACCCGUUCCUCCACCAGCUGCGCCCCAUGCUCAGCUCCGCCUUCGGCCAGAUACGCCAGGAGGAGACCAGCUAUACGGUGGUGCAGACGAGUGAGGAGGGGCUGGCGGCCAGCGGCGAGCUCCCCGGACCGCUCCUGAUGCUGGCCCAGAACUGCACCGUCAUGCACAACCUGCUGGGCCCAGCUUGCAUUUUCCUGCGUAAGGGCUUCGCGGAGAACAGGCAGCCUGACAGAUCACUGCGGCCAGAGGAGAUUGAAGAGCUCCGGGAGGCCUUCAGAGAGUUUGACAAAGACAAGGACGGCUACAUCAACUGCCGGGACCUGGGCAACUGCAUGCGCACCAUGGGCUACAUGCCCACCGAGAUGGAGCUCAUCGAGCUGUCUCAGCAGAUCAACAUGAACCUGGGUGGCCAUGUGGAUUUUGAUGACUUUGUGGACCUAAUGGGACCUAAACUCCUGGCAGAGACGGCAGAUAUGAUUGGAGUAAAGGAACUGCGAGAUGCCUUCCGAGAGUUUGACACCAAUGGUGAUGGGGAGAUAAGUACCAGUGAGUUACGAGAGGCCAUGCGGAAACUCCUGGGUCAUCAGGUGGGACACCGAGACAUAGAGGAAAUUAUCCGAGAUGUGGACCUCAAUGGGGAUGGACGAGUGGACUUUGAAGAGUUUGUCCGGAUGAUGUCCCGCUGA